GAGAGAGAGAGAGAAAGAGAGAGAGGGAGGGGGGCAGGCAAGGCUCUGCUACGAUGAGCCAACGAAUCGAACGCUAAGCAGGGCCCGGAGCCGGAGGAGAGAGAGAACGAAGGGGGGGGGAACCAAGAGCGGCACUUUUACUUUCCUCCCCCGGCCGCCGAGAGCGGCUGGAACGCCGAGGAGGGCAACAUCAAAGGAAUCGAACGUUGGGGAAAGAAACGCAAACAUCCGAUCGAACGCUCGGCGCGGCCAAAACAUCCGAUCGAACGCUCGGCGCGGCCAAUCGGGCGCCGGGACGGGGGCGCGCGCGGACCGAACGUUCGGAAGCGCUCCCUUCUCGGUUGUUAUUUUUUUCUCUCUCUCUCUUUCUUCCUUCCUUCCCCCCUCCCUCCUUGUCCUCCUCCCGUUUUAAUUUCUCCUUCCUUCCUUCCUUCCCCGCUCGCCCCCCCCUCCCCUUUUUGCUACAUUGUAGCCAUUUCCGUCCGCCCUCCUCUCCUCCUUCUGGUGUGUGUGCGUGUGUGGUUUUUUUACAUUGUUAAAAAGCCGCCUUGCUUUACAACAGCCGCCGGGAGAACAAUAGGCAGGCUCUUCGGAGCGAAGGGACCGGGGCGCCCAUCCCGGCUGCGCCCCGGGGAUCUCCAGAACCUCGUUGUGGAUGUGACGCGCGCAGGCCCCCCCGACCCACCUUUGCCGGAUCACACCCCGAAGCCGAGCAGGUACCAGGCAACUUUGUUUGGGAAGGAGACAUAUUCCCGGAUCUACAUUUUAAAAUACUUUGGGGGGGGACAGACGCUGUUUGAAUCUGGGGGAAUAUGAACCAGCAACAGAGGAUGGCUGCAGCAGGAACAGAUAAGGAACUGAGUGACCUCUUGGAUUUCAGUAUGAUGUUUCCUUUGCCAGUGGCCAAUGGAAAAAACAGACCUACGACGCUCGCUAGCACGCCAUUUGGGGGAUCAGCGGGCUUGGACGAGCGGCCGGCUUCUGGUUCCUGGUCGACAGGAGAUCAAAACAACUCCACGUUUGACCAAGUCAGGCAGGGAUACGGCGAAGGCUCUCACUACAGUGAGCACAGGGACCUGCCGUCCCACAACAGCAUAUCUUCGUCGUCAUUCCUGGGGUCUGGGAUCGUAGGGAAAGGCACAGAGAGAGGCACCUACCCAUUCGGAAGAGACAUGCCUGCUCUCAAUCAGCCUGGCUUCCUGCCCGGCGAAAUGGGGAUUUCAAGCCCCGGCACGCUCUCGCCAACGGGGGUGAAGGGCGGGUCGCAGUACUUCGCGUACGCCAACAAUCCUCGCAGGAGAGGAGCCGACAGCAGCAUAGAUGGGCAACCGAAAAAAGUUCGAAAGGUUCCCCCCGGACUCCCAUCUUCGGUGUAUCCACCCAACUCAGGUGACGACUACAGCAGGGAACCGGCUGGCUAUCCCCCUUCCAAAGCCCCUAGCACUGUUUAUCCUGGCGCCUUCUACAUGCCAGACGGACUUCACAACUCGGCGGAUCUGUGGAGUUCCUCUACCACUAUGAGCCAGUCCAAUUACGGGGCCAUCUUGGGGGCGUCCUCCUCCCCACUCCCGCAGUCCGGCAACUUCAGCGGUCUUCACCAGCACGAGCGGAUGAAUUACCAGAUGCAUUCAGGGGAAGUCAAUGGCGGGCUCCCAUCUGUCUCUGGGUUUUCCUCGACUUCCAGUCAGUAUGGCGUUUCUAGCCACACGCCGCCCAUCAGUGGGACAGAGAGCGUGAUGGGCAACCGAGGAACCACCGCUGGAAGUUCGGGGGACGCACUUGGGAAAGCGUUAGCUUCGAUCUACUCCCCAGAUCACUCUAGCAAUAAUUUCUCUUCGAAUCCUUCCACCCCGGUGGGCUCCCCUCAGGGAAUAACAGGUUCUUCGCAGUGGCCCCGGGCUAGUGGACAGGGUGCCUUAUCCCCGAGCUACGAAGGGACCCUCCAUACUUUGCAAAACAAAAUGGAAGACCACUUGGAUGAAGCCAUCCACGUCCUUAGGAACCACGCUGUAGGUCAGAGCAACCACAGGGACAUCCAUGACUUGCUGGCGUCGGCUUCGGUGCACAACACCUCCGUCGGCGGCCUCAGCCAGUCCUUCCCCCCAGCCUCAGUGUUGCCGAUUGCGAAUCGGCACUCAAAUCUGGUGGCAGGAGGUCACCCUGAAGACGGCCUUUCCAACAAUCCCAGCCUACUCCACAAUCACGUUGCUCUCCCGGCUCAGACCAGCUCGCUCCCGGACCUCAACAGAGGCCAGUCUUCGGAUGCCUUCAGUGGCUUGACGGGCCUGGGCAGGGCCAGUGUCUCGUCAGGCACAAGCGAGAUCAAACGGGAGGACAAGGAAGACGAUGAGAACACGUCGGUGGCCGACAACUCAGAAGAGGAGAAGAAAGAACUGAAGCCGUCACGAAACAGAACAAGGUGCUCACUGAACAGUCAAGAUGAGGAUGAGGAAGACGACCUUCUUCCCCCAGAGCAAAAAGCCGAACGAGAGAAAGAAAGGCGGGUUGCCAAUAAUGCCCGCGAGCGCCUGCGCGUCCGCGACAUCAACGAGGCCUUUAAAGAGCUUGGGCGCAUGUGCCAGCUUCACCUUAACAGCGAAAAACCGCAGACCAAACUGCUAAUCCUUCACCAGGCCGUGUCGGUUAUUCUGAAUCUGGAACAACAAGUUAGAGAACGGAAUCUGAACCCUAAGGCAGCCUGCUUGAAACGUCGCGAAGAGGAGAAGGUGUCUGGAGUGGUGGGCGACCCCCAGAUGACACUCUCGGCAUCUCACCCAGGUCUAGGAGAUGGGCACAAUCCCGUGGGACAUAUGUAAAGAUGGUUUUCUUUUCUUCGCCCGCAAGCAGUUGUCUGUAGGAAGAAGGGGAGGCUGUUUCUCUCUCACAUCCCUCCCUCACCCACCCGUGUGUCUGCACCGGAAAAACUGUAGUCCUGUUGAUAAAUGCUGAUGUGCGGCUCUGGGGGGCGGGAAGUUCAGCGUGCUAGAAGAAACUUUUUUCUCUCUCUCUCUCUUUCUCUCUCUCUCUCUCUCUCUCUAAAGGAAAGGAAAAGCAACAAGUUUGUCAAAACAGCAACUACAAAAAAUCAACAGCAAAGAUUGCCUUAAGUGUAUAUUCUGGAACUGUCAGUGCAUAUCCUUCAAUUACUGAGGGGGAGCGGGGUGGUGGAUGGAUGUGUUAACAUUGCAAGUGGCUUGUGUUCACAAAAGGCCAGCAAAAAAAAGAAAGGAAGAAAUUGUGCCUAUGCGUUUUCUUUUUCUUUUCUUUUUUUAAAGAAGAACAUUAGUUACGAUGAUUUUUUAAAAAAUGUAGAACAAACAUAGUAAUGCCUUUUGGGGGGGGUUGUUUCGGGUUGUUUUUUUUUAGCUUCUUUUGCAUAUGUUUUGUAAGCAACGGAAAAAAAGUGUAAAAAGAAGGACGAGACUUGUUUCCGCCUGCUUUUUUUUUUCCUGCUGCUGUUUUUCUAUAGUUACUGUUGCAUAUUAUUUUUUAAAUAAGAUCAACCAGAAAUAUUAAAAGUUUGUAUUAAGAGACUGGAUGUUUUCAAAACAAAACAAAACGGAAAUGAAACGAAAGACAAGGAGGGGGGAGGGGAAACGAGACUGUUCGCUUUUUGACUCCCCAAAAACGCCGCAAACGUGAAUUUAGCGAGGCAGGCUCACACGCAACUUCCACAAUGAAGAUUGGGAAAUGCUGUUAUCUCUGUUCUUUUUGAAAAUUGAGGAGGAGGGGGGAGAGGUGACAGAGGAAUCCAGUAGCUCAUGGAAGAAUAUCUUCCCUUUCAGCCCAAACAAUUGUCCCAAAUCUUAUAUUUUGUGCUCCUUGCUCCUAUGUACAACUCUCCCCCCCCAAAAAAAAAUAUAGAUAUAUAUUUGCGGUCCUGUUUCAUGGGAGGCAAAGACACUACAAGCAAAAAUAAAGGUUGGUUCCCCUUUUUCUGAUGUGGGGGGAAGCCCCCCAACUGAAGAUGGCAGCAUCCCUGAAACGGACUUAUCAAGGUGACAGGAAGCCACGGACUUGGAAGACAUCACCAGCUGAGAAUACGCCGGCUUCAAAAGGCAAUGAGGAGAUGGGAGACCAGCUCACCUUCCUUCUUCGUUUGAAAAGCACCUGAGCAAACCGACGUGGAACAAAGCAAAGAGAGGGAGGCUGUGAGCAAAAAAAAUAUUAAAAUGCUGCCAGUUUGGAGACGGAAUCAAGAACAAAAGAGCCACAUCGAGGCAAAAGGGAGACGGCGGUGGAGGGGGGCGGGAGAGGACAGGUUCCUGAGCCCAGAAACACUGGAAGAGGUGGCUUUGGGGCAGCCGGAGAUGGUCACAGAAUGCAACAUCUCCGAGCUGCUGCACAGGAUCUGUUGCGACAGGCGCACGCCCUCCCAGAAGAUGGAUCCAUGAGCGCCACGCUUCCACAGUCCCUGUGUGUCGCAAGCUGUCCCCUCGCUGGAUUGUCCCUCCGGGUUGAGGAUGUAUUCCCCCACCUCUUUGUGGACAGAAAGCAGUAGCAUCUUGGCAUCCCUCAGCUUCCAGAGAAGUUGCUGCGAGGCUGCAUCCGUGCCCCUGUUGUGCAGGGGAGAGAGCCAGCAGCCCCGCAGCCCAGCUUCACGGAGGGUCUGGCUCCUGUGGUGGCCUCCCGCUCUUCCAAGCGUAGCUCUGCACGUUUGCCCUCCAGGUGACAGGCCUUUUUGAGGCUGGCGUGUGGGUACCGGAGGCUCCGAACCUGCGGUUGCAAGUCUUGGAAUGCUGGCUUUUAGGGGGUGGAAGAGGUCGUAGCGUGCAUAAUGAGUUCCACUGGAGACGUGCAGAGACACCAUUCCAGUGGCAGAGAAGCAGAGCAUAAAGGGUUGCAUACCGGUGGCUGGGGGGGGGGUGCUUUUCCAGCAAAUCCAGUAAAAUGUGUUGACAGCCCUGUUGAGCCGCUGGCCGUACCUCUUCCAUCUGUUGGCUUGCUUGCCCCAAUUGCGGAGUUCUGAUAUUUUGACCUGGGGUCCCAAUGUUGGCACUUGGUAGUAGGAGGCGCCGUGGGGGGGUACCCUUUGCAAACACCGCAGAACCCAUCCAGGAACCACUGCCUACCCCCACACACACCCUUUCAUGGAAGGGAAUUUGGAGACCAGGAUAGACCCGGGUAAAGAUGGCUUUGCAAGAGCCAGGUACUCUGGGCAUGUCCAGCCCACGUGGACACGAGAACUUCCCCAUUUCCUCGUCCCCACCCUGGCUAAAUAGCUCUUUAAAGGAGUGUUGUGACAACUUCCUCUUCAGUGCCAGUUCACACACUGCCACUCCCCCCCCCCCCCAAAAAAAACUUUCCAGUCCACCGGCUCUAAACAAGCUAUUUUUUUUUCUUUUGAAGAUGUUCAUUUUAAAGAUUUGGUUCUGUUUUGAUUGUUUGCGAGUAUUUUUGUUCCGUUGGGGAAGGGAGGGAAGCUCACCUUUCUAAAGGGUGUGUCUACACUACAAACUCUUAAACCAGUUUCAGACCUCUUUUUGAUCAUCUAAAGGAAUCCUGCAGUUUUAUGAGGGUGCUAAGAACGCUUUGCCACACACACACGCACAGGCUCACACCUUCUGCAAGCUGGCCCUCUCUUUUCAUUUUCCAGAGUGCCUGCAGUUGGUAUAGCUACGAUAACUUAAAAAUGGGUUUGAAACUGUUUUUUUAAAGUUUGUAAUAUAGAUAUGUCCGAAAUGAUCUUGGGAUAUUUAUUUUUGUGGUGGGCGGGAGGGUGUUAGGAGGUUUUGGGGUUUUUUUUAAAGGACAACCAGCAAAAAUGAAAACGAGGGAGGGGAGAAAAGUCUUAGUAGAAACAGCAUCAUGGGGGGGAUUUAACUUUUUGUUUUAAAAAAAGAAAAUGGGGGUUCAAGCAAUGCAGAGAACAAAAUGUACCUUGAUUCCCGUUAAGCUAUAUUUUUUUAGGAGGGGCAGGGGAGCCCAUUUUGAUCGUUUUCAAGGGGGUUUUGUUAUUAGGGCUUUUUAUAUAAAAUUUUUUUUAAAAGGAUCCUUGCUUUUUGAGGGGGGGGGAGUGGCCCCAGUCCAAUUCCAGUUAGUCAUGGCUUAGUCUUAAUGGAAAAGAAUGGACUCGGUACUAAAUCCCUCUGCUUUCAAUCGGGCUGAAGUCAUAUCUAACUGGUCUUUGGAUCGGGGCCAUGUUGUUUUGCUGCCUACAAUGUAAAUCCAGCUGUACAUAAAUGGCUGAGAUCCUUGUUAUUAAAUCAGAUACACAUUAUAGUUUUGAAAGAUAUAUAUAUAGUAUAAAUAUAUAUAUAUAUGCCUAAUCCCAGUUUUUAAAAAAUGGAAAAAAGGGGAGGGAAAGUAUUGGAGGGUUGGGAGGGGGCAGGAUGGGGGGGAUUAACCCACAUUUUUUGGACUGAAUCACAAAUUUCUGGGAUGGGGGAGCACGGGGGUUAGAAUUGUGUUUCCGAGUGCCUCAAGAUAUGGAUUGUGUUCAUUUUUUUAAAAAAAAAUAAUUUUAUACAAGUGUCAAGGAAAAAAAACAGCUGGCUGGAUUAUUUGGAAUUUUUAAAUAAUCCUUAACUUUUUUAAAAGUAGAAUUUUGAGAACUGUCCUGUAUAUAACAGUAAUGUAGCAAUAAAUGUGACAUUUUAUAACAAUAUUACCUUUCCCCCCCCUCCCCGUCCCUGUCUCUGUCUUUCAGAUGUUGUAUACCUAUCAAUGAAAAAGUUGUAAUAAAGGUUUUACCUUGUACUACA